AUGAGUAACACUGCCGACGAUGAGAUCACGGCGGCGCCAGCAACGGCUGGUCGACCUGCGCCCGAGCCAAGGGCCGAGGAAAAGUUUGAAAUCGACUUCAAGGCUGACGAGGGAUCCGUAAAGGAUAACAAGUUUGCAUUCAACCCUUCCCAUCUGCACAAGCUCUCUGAAGCUCGCACCGUUCCCGCGCUCCGUGCCUUUGGUGGCAUCGCUGGCCUGGCAAAUGGGUUGAGGACCGAUACCAAGGCUGGCUUGAGUCUAGAUGAGGACCAGCUCGAUGGCACAGUGACGGUCGAUGCCGCGCUGUCAGCGGCGCGCAGCGAGAAGCCGCUCGAGAUUGCUCUCGCUCCCGAAUCCGACAGCCACGCCCACCAGCAUCGUAGGCACUCUGUUGCCGAGGUGCUUCACCUGGAACCGGCGGACAAUGCCUUCAAGCAGGCGUUCUGCGACCGCCGUCGCGUGUUCGGCGAGAACCGUCUUCCCAAACAAAAGCAAAAGUCUCUACUGGCACUUGCGUGGCUCGCUUUCAACGAUAAGCUAAUUUUCCUGCUUACCGCCUCCGCGACGAUCUCCCUAGCCCUCGGCAUCUACGAAGCAGUGGUUCACGGCGAAGAGGGCGGUGGUGCGAACUUGGAAUGGGUCGAAAGUGUGACCAUUAUGGUCGCUAUUGUGGUUAUUGUCUCGGCAACGGCGCUCAACGACAAGCAUAAAGCGUACAAGUUCGAGAAAUUAAACAGCAAGAAGGAGGAGAAAUGGGUCACGGCAAUUCGAUCGGGCAAGAACAGGAACAUAUCCGUGUUUGACCUGAUGGUGGGCGACUUGGUCCGGAUCGAGGCAGGCGACGUGAUCCCGACCGAUGGCAUCCUCGUCGAGGGUUUCGGAGUGCAGUGCGACGAGUCGCCUGUGUCUGGAGAGUCUGAGCUGGUGGACAAGACGCCUGCUCAAGAUGCUGAGCGUAGCCGAAACUCAGCAGGCGACCCUUUCAUCUACAGCGGUACUCGCGUGGCUCAUGGUGUUGGUUCGUACCUGGUGACAGCAGUCGGUCCCAAUUCCAUGUAUGGCCGUAUCCGCCUUUCACUACGGAGCAACGUCGAAGAAACGCCCCUCCAGGUCAAGCUCGCCCGUCUCGCCAAGUACAUCAUCAUCAAUGGCUUCGUCAUCGGCACCAUCUUCUUCUUCAUCCUCUUUAUUCGCUGGUGCGUCCGGCUCAAGAACUACCAAGGGUCGCCACAGGACAAGGGCGAAUCAUUCUUGGAUAUUUUCAUGCUUGCAGUCACGGUUGUGGUCAUUGGUGUGCCGGAAGGCCUGUCUCUGGCCGUCGCCGUGGCCCUGGCUUUCGCGACAACUCGAAUGCUUAAGGACAACAACCUUGUGCGAUUGCUCCGAUCCUGCGAGACGAUGGGCAAUGCUACGACAAUCUGUUCGGACAAGACGGGAACGCUGACGCAGAACAAGAUGACGGUGGUAUCUGGCGUAGUCGGGCACAGCUUCAAAUUCGAAGAGCUUGGAGAUCUGCCGCCGGGACCCGAGAAUUCAAAGGACAAGGCCGACGAGAAAACAGUGACCUCUGCGACCGCAUUUACCGAGGCUCUUUCGGACGAAGUCAAGGAGAUGCUCAAAGCCAACUUCACUCUCAAUUCGACUGCCUUCGAACGAGACGGUGAGGGUACCGGAGAGUUUGUCGGCUCCAGCACUGAGACAGCGCUACUGAAGUUUGGCAAGGAACAACUCGGCAUGGGCCCUCUCGCCGAAGAGCGCGAGAACGCAGAAGUCAUCGAGCUGUUUCCAUUCAACGGCAACAGGAAGUGGAUGGCAGUCAUUGUCAAGAGGGGAAACGGAUACCGUAUGCUCGUCAAGGGUGCUGCUGAGGUGGUGCUCGCCAACUGCCACGACACGCUGGAUGACCCUGAGACAGGACUAGCGACUAAAGAUCUCUCGGCCGAGAUGAAGGACAACCUGGCUGGACUGACGCAGGAAUACGCAAGCCGUCUUCUACGUCCCAUCGCUUUGGCCUACCGUGAUCUUGAUAGAUGGCCACCACCGGGGCCCAAAAAGACGCCGAGCAAGCACCAUCAGGACGACAUCACUCAGCACUUCAUCCACCUCUUCCACCACCACAUGACCUUUGUCGGCAUCUUUGGCAUCCGAGACCCCCUGCGUCCCGAGGUCAUCGACUCUGUCCGCGAAUGCCAGUCGGCUGGCGUCUUUGUGCGAAUGGUCACUGGCGACAAUUUCCUUACCGCAAAGGCCAUCGCCGCCGAGUGCGGCAUCUACACGGCGGGUGGUAUCGCUCUCGACGGCCCGACAUUCCGCAAGUUGACUUCUGCCCAACUCGACCUGGUCAUCCCCCGCUUGCAGGUCCUCGCUCGAUCCAGCCCAGACGACAAGGCGCGCCUAGUGCAACACCUCAAGAAGCUAGGCGAGACUGUCGCCGUCACCGGAGACGGGACCAACGACGCAUUUGCACUUAAGGCUGCAGACGUCGGCUUUGCGAUGGGCAUGUCUGGCACCGAGAUUGCAAAGGAGGCGAGCUCCAUCAUUCUCAUGGAUGACAACUUUGCUAGCAUCGUCAAGGCCCUGGCUUGGGGGCGGACUGUUAACGACGCCGCCAAGAAGUUCAUCCAGUUCCAGUUCACUAUCAACAUCACCGCUGCCUCUCUGACCAUCAUCUCUACCCUCGUCGGUGACGUCAACUCGGCGGUCUUUGCCGUCAUUCAGCUCCUGUGGCUGAACUUGAUCAUGGAUAUCUUUGCCGCCGCAGCUCUGGCAACCGACUACCCGACGUCCGCACCACUUAAGCGACGGCCCGAGCCACGCAACGCACCCAUCAUCAACGCGACCAUGUGGAAGAUGAUCCUCGGCCAGGCCAUCUACCAGCUCGCCGUCGUGUUCUCGCUCCAUUACGCUGGCGAGGGCUACUUCCUGGAACCCAGUGCUCAAAAUCCCGGCCGCCAACUGCAGACGUUCGUGUUCAACAUUUACAUGCUGAUGCAGGUGUUCAAUCAGACCAAUUGCCGACGCGUCGACAACAAGUUCAACGUAUUCGAAGGCGCGUGGCGUAACCCCUGGUUCAUCGGCGUCCAGCUCGUCACCAUCGCCGGCCAGAUCAUCAUCGUCUUUAAAGGCGGCGAGGCCUUCCAGACCGAGGCCUUGACUGGCGUCCAGUGGGGGUGGUCCAUCUUCUUCGGCUUCCUUACCCUCCCUCUCGGCGCCCUGAUCCGCAUGAUACCCGACUCGUUCGUGCUUACCGCCGGCAGGGUCCUCAGCCCGCUGGGCUUUCCCGUCAUGCUGGUGGUCAACUGGUUCCGCAAGCGCAAGGCCAAGCGCAGCGGCGCGGAGACGGCCGCGGCGCUCGAGCGUGCCGAGGCAGAGGAGCAGUACUAUGACGAGGCCGAUGAGGAGCGCAGGCUCAGGCGGAUGCAGUGGCAGUGGGUCAAGGCCGGCCUCAAGAAGGACCGGCGCUUCUUCUCGCGCUUCUGGAGAUUCGGACGGACGACCAAGCUCGGCAACGGCAACAUUGCUGCCGGGCUGGCGACCGCCGGGCUGGAGAUGGCGGGUGCUAAUGUCGUGGUGAGGUUUGAGAACGAUAGGGAUAAGGCUACCUCGAGAGGUCAGCUCGACGAUGGAGAGGAGUCGCCUCAGGAGGAAGAGCUUGACCUGGUCCGGGCCAUUGAUACGUCAAAGAGCUCGCCUCACGACACGCCAUAUGGGCUGGAGGUCAACACGAACACUUCCAAGGAGGAUCCGGUCAUUAUGCCGGAGGUGAUCCAGAGCAAGCUCCCGCCCAGCCAGAAUCCGCUUGUGUGGCGCCACUUGGGGAUCUGGCUGAGUGAUACAGUGGAGUAG